CUCCGGCGGGAGCAAAUGUAUAAAACAGCAGGGUCCAACGACGUCGCCCUUAUCUACUCACGAUCAAGAGUGAGGAACAGUAGUAAUGGAGUACGCCCAUCGUCUCUCUCUCUCUUUCUGCUUCUUGAGUUUUUUCAUUUUCUCUCUCUUCAUCACCCAACAUCAUCAUGCAGCUGCAAAUUCUCCCAAAGUCAUCAUUGUUGGUGCAGGCAUGUCUGGAAUAAUGGCUGCAAAAACGCUGUCUAGGAGUGGUUUUGAUGACUACUUGAUAUUGGAAGGGAGUGAUAGGAUAGGUGGGAGGAUGCAUAAGAAAAACUUUGCAGGAACAACCAUUGAGAUUGGGGCCAAUUGGGUUGAGGGUCUUGGUGGUCCUCACAUGAACCCAAUUUGGGAGCUUGCGAAGAACUGCAGUCUUCGAACCUUUUUUACCGAUCACUCCAAUGUCUCUGCAAAUUUCUAUGAUUCUGAUGGUACCCACAUUCCUCAAUCUGUGGUGUCUGCUACUUUUGAUCUUGAACGAGCUGCUGCAAAUUUCAGUGCUGCCUUGGCUGCAACACUUAGAGAAAACAAUGAAGAAGAUUUAUCAAUAUUUGCUGCACAACGUAUGUUUGGAUAUGUCCCCCAAACACCCUUGGAAAUCGCUGUAGACUACUUGUCUUAUGAUGCAGAAAUUGCAGAGCCCCCGAGAAUCACAAGCUUAAAGAAUGUGGAACCUAUUUCUACCAUGUCAUAUUAUGGGGAAGAUGAACAGUUUGUUGCAGAUGAACGUGGAUAUGAGUACCUUGUCCAUAGAUUAGCAGGGGAAUUCAUGGAAACAAAUUCUGGGAACGUUACUGAUAAACGCCUCCAUUUAGAGAAGGUUGUUCGUGAAAUCCAGUAUGGAGAAAGUGGUGUGACUAUCUUGGUUGAAGAUGGCAGUGUUUAUAAUGCAGAUCAUGCCAUUUUAUCCGUUAGCAUUGGUGUCCUUCAAAGCAAGCUUAUUCGGUUCAAACCUGAAUUGCCAAGAUGGAAGCGCUUAUCAAUAUUCAAGUUUGAUAUGGCGAUCUUCACUAAGAUAUUCCUCAAAUUCCCGUACAAAUUCUGGCCGACCGGUCCAGGCACAGAGGCUUUUGCUUAUGCAAGUGAAAGAAGGGGUUAUUUUACCUAUUGGAUGAACUUAGAGAAUCAGUACCCGGGUUCGAAUAUGCUUAUGGCUGUAGUCACUGAUGAUGAGUCGAGGCGCAUUGAGAGGCAAGCUGACCACUUAACCAAGCAGGAGGCUAUGGUGGUCCUUCGAAAGAUUUUUGGAAGUAAAAUUCCUGAUGCUGAGGAAAUUCUCAUUCCAAGAUGGGGGAGUGAUCCUCUUUAUCGAGGAACUUAUACCAAUUGGCCUAUAGGGGUUACGGAAGAUGACUUUGACGACUUGAAGGCACCUGUUGGUCCCCUAUACUUUACUGGGGAGCAUACCAGCAAGAAAUUCAAUGGGUAUGUCCAUGGUGCAUAUUUUUCAGGCAUUGAUACUGCUUCAUUGCUAUUGGAAUGUUUAAAAUAUAACCUCUGCCUGUUCGACCCUAAGAGGAGAAACCUGGAUCGCACUUUUGGUAGAACCCGUAGCUUAAGCAGUUGGCAGCCUUAUCAAUGAAGGAUUUGAGGAAAGCAGACAUGAUAGCUUUGAGAUCUCAUUUUACUGGCUACUCAGACCUGCUGCUUGAGAUCCCGGAAAUGUACUCUGCUACAUACUUUUAUUUCCUGUGGAAUCCCAUGAUUAAAUAAAUAAAUUCAGUCCAGUUUGAGAGGGACAUUCAUGGGUGGCUUGA